AUGGAAGAAAUCCUGAGGAAGCUGCAGAAGGAGGCGUCCGGGAGCAAGUACAAAGCCAUCAAGGAGAGCUGCACCUGGGCCCUGGAAACUCUAGGUGGUCUGGAUACCAUUGUCAAGAUCCCUCCACAUGUACUGAGGGAGAAAUGCCUGCUGCCUCUCCAGUUGGCUUUGGAAUCCAAGAAUGUGAAGCUGGCCCAACAUGCUUUGGCAGGGAUGCAGAAGCUUCUGUCGGAAGAGAGGUUUGUAUCCAUGGAAACAGAUUCUGAUGAGAAGCAGCUGCUCAAUCAGAUCCUGAAUGCCGUGAAAGUGACGCCUUCGCUCAACGAGGACCUGCAGGUGGAAGUGAUGAAGGUUUUACUGUGCAUCACCUACACGCCAACAUUUGAUCUGAAUGGGAGUGCCGUGCUGAAGAUUGCGGAGGUGUGCAUUGAGACGUACAUAAGCAGCUGUCACCAGCGUAGCAUAAACACUGCUGUGCGGGCAACUCUCAGUCAAAUGCUGAGUGACUUGACUUUACAGUUACGACAGAGGCAGGAGAAUACGAUAAUUGAAAACCCAGAUGUCCCACAGGAAUUCAGGAAUCAAGGGUCAACAGUAGAGUCCCUCUGUGAUGAUGUUGUCUCUGUACUCACCGUCCUGUGUGAGAAGCUGCAAGCCGCCAUAAAUGACAGCCAGCAGCUGCAGCUUCUCUACCUGGAGUGCAUCCUGUCUGUGCUCAGCAGCUCCUCCUCCUCCAUGCACCUGCACAGGCGCUUCACGGACCUGAUCUGGAAAAACCUCUGCCCUGCUCUCAUCGUGAUCCUGGGGAAUCCAAUUCACGACAAAACCAUCACCUCUGCUCACAGCAGCAGCACCAGUACCAGCCUGGAGUCGGACUCUGCGUCUCCGGGAGUGUCUGACCACGGCCGGGGAUCAGGCUGCUCCUGCACUGCACCGGCCCUGAGCGGACCUGUGGCUCGGACUAUCUAUUACAUUGCAGCCGAGCUGGUCCGGCUGGUGGGGUCUGUGGACUCCAUGAAGCCCGUGCUCCAGUCCCUCUACCACCGAGUGCUGCUCUACCCCCCACCCCAGCACCGGGUGGAAGCCAUCAAAAUAAUGAAAGAGAUACUCGGGAGCCCAGAGCGUCUCUGUGACUUGGCAGGCCCCAGCUCCACUGAAUCAGAGUCCAGAAAAAGAUCAAUUUCAAAAAGAAAGUCUCAUCUGGAUCUCCUCAAACUCAUCAUGGACGGCAUGACCGAAGCAUGCAUCAAGGGUGGCAUCGAAGCUUGCUAUGCGGCCGUGUCCUGUGUCUGCACCUUGUUGGGUGCCCUGGAUGAGCUCAGCCAGGGGAAGGGCUUGAGCGAAGGUCAGGUGCAACUGCUGCUUCUGCGCCUUGAGGAGCUGAAGGAUGGGGCUGAGUGGAGCCGAGAUUCCAUGGAGAUCAAUGAGGCUGACUUCCGCUGGCAGCGGCGAGUGCUAUCCUCAGAACACACACCUUGGGAGUCAGGGAACGAGAGGAACCUUGACAUCAGCAUCAGUGUCACCACAGACACAGGCCAGACCACUCUCGAGGGAGAGUUGGGUCAGACUACACCCGAGGACCAUUCGGGAAACCACAAGAACAGUCUCAAGUCGCCAGCCAUCCCAGAGGGCAAGGAGACGCUGAGCAAAGUAGUGGAAACAGAGGCAGUAGACCAGCCAGAUGUCGUGCAGAGAAGCCACACGGUCCCUUACCCCGACAUAACUAACUUCCUGUCAGUAGACUGCAGGACAAGGUCCUAUGGCUCUAGGUAUAGUGAGAGCAAUUUUAGCGUUGAUGACCAGGACUUUUCUAGGACAGAGUUUGAUUCCUGUGAUCAGUACUCAAUGGCAGCAGAAAAGGACUCGGGCAGGUCCGACGUGUCGGACAUUGGGUCAGACAACUGUUCACUAGCCGAUGAAGAGCAGACCCCCCGGGACUGCCUAGGCCACCGGUCCCUGCGAACUGCCGCCCUGUCUCUAAAACUGCUGAAGAACCAGGAGGCGGAUCAGCACAGCGCCAGGCUGUUCAUACAGUCCCUGGAAGGCCUCAUCCCUCGGCUCCUGGCUCUCUCCAGUGUAGAGGAGGUGGAUACUGCUCUGCAGAACUUUGCCUCUACCUUCUGCUCAGGCAUGAUGCACUCUCCUGGCUUUGACGGGAAUAGCAGCCUCAGCUUCCAGAUGCUGAUGAAUGCAGACAGCCUCUACACAGCUGCACACUGUGCCCUGCUCCUCAACCUGAAGCUCUCCCAUGGUGACUACUACAGGAAGCGGCCGACCCUGGCGCCAGGCGUGAUGAAGGACUUCAUGAAGCAGGUGCAGACCAGCGGCGUGCUAAUGGUCUUCUCCCAGGCCUGGAUUGAGGAGCUCUACCAUCAGGUGCUGGACAGGAACAUGCUUGGAGAGGCUGGCUACUGGGGCAGCCCGGAAGAUAACAGCCUUCCCCUCAUCACAAUGCUGACUGAUAUUGAUGGCUUAGAGAGCAGUGCCAUUGGUGGCCAGCUGAUGGCCUCGGCUGCUACAGAGUCUCCUUUCGCCCAGAGCAGGAGAAUCGAUGACUCCACAGUGGCAGGCGUGGCAUUUGCUCGCUAUAUUCUGGUGGGCUGCUGGAAGAACUUGAUCGAUACUUUAUCAACCCCACUGACUGGUCGAAUGGCAGGGAGCUCCAAAGGGCUGGCCUUCAUUCUGGGAGCUGAAGGCAUCAAAGAGCAGAACCAGAAGGAGCGGGACGCCAUCUGCAUGAGCCUCGAUGGGCUGCGGAAAGCCGCACGGCUGAGCUGCGCUCUAGGGGUUGCUGCUAACUGCGCCUCAGCCCUUGCCCAGAUGGCAGCUGCCUCCUGUGUCCAAGAAGAAAAAGAAGAGAGGGAGGCCCAAGAACCCAAUGAUGCCAUCACACAAGUGAAACUAAAAGUGGAGCAGAAACUGGAGCAGAUUGGGAAGGUGCAGGGGGUGUGGCUGCACACUGCCCACGUCUUGUGCAUGGAGGCCAUCCUCAGCGUAGGCCUGGAGAUGGGAAGCCACAACCCGGACUGCUGGCCACAUGUGUUCAGGGUGUGUGAAUACGUGGGCACCCUGGAGCACAACCACUUCAGCGAUGGCGCCUCGCAGCCCCCUCUGACCAUCAGCCAGCCCCAGAAGGCCACUGUGAGCGCUGGCCUCCUUGGGGACCCCGAGUGUCAGGGCUCGCCCCCCGAGCAGAGCCCGGAGCAGGGGCGCUCCCUGAGCACGGCCCCCGUCGUCCAGCCCUUGUCCAUCCAGGACCUCGUCCGGGAAGGCAGCCGGGGCCGGGCCUCCGACUUCCGCGGCGGGAGCCUCAUGAGCGGGAGCAGCGCGGCCAAGGUGGUGCUCACCCUCUCCACGCAGGCCGACAGGCUCUUUGAAGAUGCUACAGAUAAGUUGAACCUCAUGGCCCUGGGAGGUUUUCUUUACCAGCUGAAGAAAGCAUCACAGUCUCAGCUUUUCCAUUCUGUUACGGAUACAGUUGAUUACUCUCUGGCAAUGCCAGGAGAAGUUAAAUCCACUCAAGACCGAAAAAGCGCCCUCCACCUGUUCCGCCUGGGGGAUGCCAUGCUGAGGAUUGUGCGGAGCAAAGCACGGCCCCUGCUCCACGUGAUGCGCUGCUGGAGCCUUGUGGCCCCACACCUGGUGGAGGCUGCUUGCCAUAAGGAAAGACAUGUGUCUCAGAAGGCUGUUUCCUUCAUCCAUGACAUACUGACAGAGGUCCUCACUGACUGGAAUGAGCCACCUCAUUUUCACUUCAAUGAAGCACUCUUCCGACCUUUCGAGCGCAUUAUGCAGCUGGAGUUGUGUGAUGAGGACGUCCAAGACCAGGUUGUCACAUCCAUUGGUGAGCUGGUUGAAGUGUGUUCCACACAGAUCCAGUCCGGGUGGAGACCCUUGUUCAGUGCCCUGGAAACAGUGCACGGCGGGAACAAGUCGGAGGUGAAGGAGUACCUGGUUGGUGACUACUCCAUGGGAAAAGGCCAAGCUCCAGUGUUUGAUGUAUUUGAAGCUUUUCUCAAUACCGACAACAUCCAGGUCUUUGCUAAUGCAGCCACUAGCUACAUCAUGUGCCUUAUGAAGUUCGUCAAAGGACUGGGGGAGGUGGACUGUAAAGAGAUUGGAGACUGUGCCCCGGCACCCGGAGCCCCGUCCACAGACCUGUGCCUCCCAGCCCUGGAUUACCUCAGGCGCUGCUCUCAGUUAUUGGCCAAAAUCUACAAAAUGCCCUUGAAGCCAAUAUUCCUUAGUGGGAGACUGGCCAGCUUGCCUCGAAGACUUCAGGAACAGUCAGCCAGCAGUGAGGAUGGAAUUGAAUCAGUCCUGUCUGAUUUUGAUGAUGACACCGGUCUGAUAGAAGUCUGGAUAAUCCUGCUGGAGCAGCUGACAGCGGCUGUGUCCAAUUGUCCACGGCAGCACCAACCACCAACUUUGGAUUUACUCUUUGAGCUUUUGAGAGAUGUGACCAAAACACCAGGACCAGGGUUUGGUAUCUAUGCAGUGGUUCACCUCCUCCUUCCUGUGAUGUCCCUUUGGCUCCGCCGGAGCCAUAAAGACCAUUCCUACUGGGAUAUGGCCUCUGCCAAUUUCAAGCAUGCUAUUGGUCUGUCCUGUGAGCUGGUGGUGGAGCACAUUCAAAGCUUUCUACAUUCAGACAUCAGGUACGAGAGCAUGAUCAAUACCAUGCUGAAGGACCUCUUUGAGCUGCUGGUCGCCUGUGUGGCCAAGCCCACUGAAACCAUCUCCAGAGUGGGCUGCUCCUGUAUUAGAUACGUCCUUGUGACAGCGGGCCCUGUGUUCACUGAGGAGAUGUGGAGGCUUGCCUGCUGUGCCCUGCAAGAUGCGUUCUCUGCCACACUGAAGCCAGUGAAGGACCUGCUGGGCUGCUUCCACAGCGGCACGGAGAGCUUCAGCGGGGAAGGCUGCCAGGUGCGGGUGGCGGCCCCGUCCUCCUCCCCAAGUGCCGAGGCCGAGUACUGGCGCAUCCGAGCCAUGGCCCAGCAGGUGUUUAUGCUGGACACCCAGUGCUCACCAAAGACACCAAACAACUUUGACCAUGCUCAGUCCUGCCAGCUCAUUAUUGAGCUGCCUCCUGAUGAAAAACCAAAUGGACACACCAAGAAAAGCGUGUCUUUCAGGGAAAUUGUGGUGAGCCUGCUGUCUCAUCAGGUGUUACUCCAGAACUUAUAUGACAUCUUGUUAGAAGAGUUUGUCAAAGGCCCCUCUCCUGGAGAGGAAAAGACGAUCCAAGUGCCAGAAGCCAAGCUGGCUGGCUUCCUCAGAUACAUCUCCAUGCAGAACUUGGCAGUCAUAUUCGACCUGCUGCUGGACUCUUAUAGGACUGCCAGGGAGUUUGACACCAGCCCUGGGCUGAAGUGCCUGCUGAAGAAAGUGUCUGGCAUCGGGGGCGCCGCCAACCUCUACCGCCAGUCUGCGAUGAGCUUUAACAUUUAUUUCCAUGCCCUGGUGUGUGCUGUUCUCACCAAUCAAGAAACCAUCACGGCCGAGCAAGUGAAGAAGGUCCUUUUUGAGGACGACGAGAGAAGCACAGAUUCUUCCCAGCAGUGUUCAUCUGAGGAUGAAGACAUCUUUGAGGAAACGGCCCAGGUCAGCCCCCCGAGAGGCAAGGAGAAGAGACAGUGGCGGGCACGGAUGCCCUUGCUCAGCGUCCAGCCUGUCAGCAACGCAGAUUGGGUGUGGCUGGUCAAGAGGCUGCACAAGCUGUGCAUGGAACUGUGCAACAACUACAUCCAGAUGCACUUGGACCUGGAGAACUGUUUGGAGGAGCCUCCCAUCUUCAAGGGCGACCCGUUCUUCAUCCUGCCCUCCUUCCAGUCCGAGUCAUCCACCCCAUCCACCGGGGGCUUCUCUGGGAAAGAAACCCCUUCCGAGGACGACAGAAGCCAGUCCCGGGAGCACACGGGCGAGUCCCUGAGCCUGAAGGCCGCUGGUGGGGACCUGCUGCUGACCCCCAGCCCCAAAGCGGAGAAGAAGGAUCCCAGCCGGAAGAAGGAGUGGUGGGAGAAUGCAGGGAACAAAAUUUACACCAUGGCGGCCGACAAGACCAUUUCAAAGUUGAUGACCGAAUACAAAAAGAGGAAACAGCAGCACAACCUGUCCGCGUUCCCCAAAGAGGUCAAAGUGGAGAAGAAAGGAGAGCCACUGGGUCCCAGGGGCCAGGACUCCCCGCUGCUUCAGCGUCCCCAGCACUUGAUGGACCAAGGGCAAAUGCGGCAUUCCUUCAGCGCAGGCCCCGAGCUGCUGCGACAGGACAAGAGGCCCCGCUCAGGCUCCACCGGGAGCUCCCUUAGUGUCUCGGUGAGAGACGCAGAAGCACAGAUCCAGGCAUGGACCAACAUGGUGCUAACAGUUCUCAAUCAGAUUCAGAUUCUCCCAGACCAGACCUUCACGGCCCUCCAGCCUGCAGUGUUCCCGUGCAUCAGUCAGCUGACCUGUCACGUGACCGACAUCAGAGUUCGCCAGGCUGUGAGGGAGUGGCUGGGCAGGGUGGGCCGUGUCUAUGACAUCAUUGUGUAGCCGACUCCUGUUCUACUCUCCCACCAAAUAGCAGUAGUGAGGGUUAGAGUCUGCCUGCCAAUCCAACUGUUGCAUUUUCCCCACCACUAGCCCCACUUAAAUUACUGUCUCAGAGAACCAUGUUUCCUAAUGUAAAAAGCCUUUCAAACCACUGGUCAGCAUUGGGGCCACACUAAGGUUUGUAUCUAGAUGACACAAACGAUAUUCUGAUUUUGCACAUUAUUAUAGAAGAAUCUAUAAUCCUUGAUAUGUUUCUAACUCUUGAAGUAUAUUUCCCAGUGCUUUUGCUUACAGUGUUGUCCCCAAAUGGGUCAUUUUCAAGGAUUAAUCAUUUGAAAACACUAUAUUGAUCCAUCAUUUUAAAAAUAAAUACAAUUCCUAAGGCAAUAUCUGCUGGUAAGUCAAGCUGAUGUGUAAACACUCAGACAUCUAGUACCAGGGAUUAUUAAUUGGAGGAAGAUUUAUGGUUAUGGGUCUGGCUGGGAAGAAGACAACUAUAAAAACAUAUUCUUGGAUGUCGUAAUCAAGAAAGAGGUGACUUCUGUUGUAAAAUAAUCCAGAACACUUCAAAAUUAUUCCUGAAUCAUUAAGAUUUUCAGGUAUUCACCAAUUUCCCCAUAUAAAGUACUGUUGUACCUUUAUUUCUGUAUUUCUAAAAGAAAGUUCUUUCCUAGCAGGGUUUGAAGUCUGUGGCUUAUCAGCCUGUGACACAGAGUACCCAGUGAAAGUGGCUGAUACAUAGAUUGUCAAGAGACAUAAGACCGACCAGCUCCCCUGGAUGUUCUUGUGGUGUUUGUUUCCGUCCCCAAGGCAAACAAGGAAAGGAAAGAAAAAAAGGUGCCUUAGUCCUUUGUUGCACUUCCAUUUCUAUGCCCCCACAAUUAUCUGAACAUAAGGUAUAGCAUUUGGUUUUUAAGAAAACAAAACAUUAAAACGCAACUCAUUUUAUAUAAACACGCUUGGAGGAAAGGGACUCAGGGAAGGGAGCAGGGAGUGUGGGGUGGGGAUGGAUUAUGAUGAAAUCAUUUUCAAUCUUAAAAUAUAACACAACAAUCUUGCAAAAUUAUGGUGUCAGUUACACAAGCUCUAGUCUCAAAAUGAAAGUAAUGGAGAAAGACACUGAAAUUUAGAAAAUUGUGUCUAUUUAAAAUAUUUCUCCUAUCUACCAAGUAAAGUUACCCUAUGUUUGAUGUCUUUGCAUUCAGACCAAUAUUUCAGGUGGAUAUUUCUAAGUAUUACUAGAAAAUACGUUUGAAAGCUUAAUCUUAUUAUUUACAGUAUUUUUAUAUUUCUUACAUUAUCCUAAUGAUUGAUAACUCCUCAAUCAAGCUUACUUACACACAUUCUACAGAGCAGAGUUAUUUAAGGCAUACAUUAUAAUCUCUAAAUAUAAGACAUAAAUUCUACAGUAUUGAAAUAAGGAUUUAAAGGGGUAUUUGUAAACUUUGCCCUCCUUGAGAAAUAUGGAACUGACUUAGAGGUUAAGUGGAAGGCAGUGUUCUGACUUCUUUAGGUGAUCUGAAAAAAAGACCCUUAUCAUUCAGUGUGCCAUCUAGAGAUCACCACAGAAUCCAUUUUUUUCCCAGUUCCACAAAACACUCUGCCUUCAGUUUUUACUCACUAGACAAUAAUUCAAGUUUAAAAACAGGUAAUCAGCUAUUUGAUCUUAAAAGGCAAUGAAUUGUUGGGAUAUCAAUGAACUAUGUUGUAUACUUUUGAAUUUUUACAUUUUAUAAACGGAAUUGAAAGUUGGGUAACUGCUUUUUUUUUUAAUUUUCCAACAGAAGUAAUACCACAGUUGCUUUGUUUCUUUUUAUAGCUUACCUGAGGUUCAGUUCUUCUUUGUGAACCUGUGAGUACUCCACAGUUUACUGGGGGAAAAGCCUUCAGUAAAGCAGAGGCUAGAAUUACAGUAUUUAUACAUAGCAACUUUUCAUAAAGUAGAAAAAUUCAAAGGAAGCUGUCUCAAUUUGAGAAUACCACCUGGGUACAGUGGCUCACGCCUGUAGUCCCAGCACUUUGGGAGGCCAAGGUGGGCGGAUAACUUGCGGUCAGGAGUUUGAGACCAGGCUGGACAACAUGGUGAAACCUCAUCUCUACUAAAAAUACAAAAAUUAGCCAGGUGUGGUAGCAUGCACCUGUAAUCCCAGCUACUUAGGAGGCUGAGACAGGAGAAUCGCUCGAACCCAGGAGGCGGACGUUGCAGUGAGCCAAGAUUGCACCAUUGCACUGCAGACCGGGUGACAAGAGUGAAACUCCAUCUAAAAAAAAAAAAAAAAAAAAAAAGUGAAUACUGUGUCCCAAAGUAUGUUAGUUGUUUGGAAAUCAGCAUUCUCCCCGAUGCUCUAUUAUGGGAUCCAAAAUUCUUGAAUGUAAGUUUACCCUGUACUGUGUCCGAACACUGUUCUACUUCUAGCCUGAUUAUGGGUCCCAAGAAUAAAAGGAUAAGAAGGUGUACAGAGCUCUUGACCUACAAUUUUUUAAGAGUGUUUUGGUACCUUCCCAUUGUCUUCUCUAUAACUCAGUCCUAACACUCUGCACUCGAGUUACCGGACAUCCACACUGACAUCAGAUUUCAACCAGAACCAUCACUGAGUGACAGCAGUACUUCUCAGAGGUAUUUGCAGCUUGAUGCAAAGUAGUCUCUAAUGAGUAGGCCUUCAGGUGAUUCUUCCCAGCAGGUGGAGAAGAAAGAGAGGGGAUGAAGAACACUGAGAGGGGAGUGGCACCUUCCCAGGCUGCCCAGCUCAGUCUCUUGCCCUGUUCCUGUGACUCAGCUGCCCACUCCCCCAACUUUGUUUCACUCCCUCCCAGUCUCUGAAAGUGUCAGGUGUUUCUCUCCUCACAGUCUCUUUUGCAGCAACAGUAAGGCAAAAUUCAAGGCAGCCUUUUAAAGUUAAGAACAGUUAUUAGCAUGUAUUUACAGACCUAAGCAGAAUGAGAGUUUAUACAUUGUUUUUAGUUGCCUGUAUUUAUAGCCAAAAGUAUAUUACCUUAAAGUUGAGAUCUUUCUCUUCUUUUCCUAAAUUUUGGUAAAGUGUGCUUCAUGAAACAAACAUCUGGAAAACUCCAAGUAUAAGAGACCCUGGACUGAUGAUGGCCCAGCCAAGUAUAUAGAGGGACAGAGUUCUCUCUGUCAUUAAUGAGGACAUCGGUUUUCACAAUUGAACCUCAUGCACUGCCCAUAGCAUCUCACCUAGCUCUUUUAUCUCCUGAUCUGCUUUUAAAAAUAGGCUGCCUUUUUACACCAUCUUCUCUCUCUCCCCUUAUGGUAAUUUUCCAGCCUUCCCCAUAGAUAUAAAACUAGAACACCUUUAUGAUUUGGGGUCUAUGUAAUGACUGACCAAUAAGAACCCAGGCAGAUGCUAACAUACUUAACAGCUCGCAUUAAAAUACUUUAAAUCAGG